GCGGAGCAACGGCUGAGCAGAAGGAUCUUCCUGGUGCUGAGAACGGACCGAUGGCUAGGCUUUAGCAAAGAGAGAAACUCUUACAUCACCAGCACCUGUCUGGGACAUGCUGACCUCAUCAUACCACUGACUGUAGUUUGUCGUCCCCACACCAACUGAGACAAGUCAGCAGGACCAUCAUGGCUGCCAAGCAGCAAAAACCUGCUUCAGCUGCUUCAGGAGGGCAGGUGGAUUCCAAAAGGACCAAUGAGAAGAAGUGCUCUUGGGCCUCCUACAUGACUAAUUCCCCGACUAUGAUAGUGAUGAUUGGGUUGCCCGCAAGGGGGAAGACCUACAUGGCCAAGAAACUGACACGCUACCUCAACUGGAUUGGAGUGCCGACGAAGGUAUUUAACCUUGGAGUUUAUAGGAGAGAAGCAGUGAAGUCUUGCAAAUCCUAUGAGUUUUUCAGACAUGACAACGAAGAAGCAAUGAGAAUUAGAAAACAGUGUGCUCUGGUGGCUCUGGAUGAUGUAAAGGUGUAUCUGAAUGUGGAGGGAGGCCAGAUCGCUGUCUUUGAUGCCACUAACACCACUAGGGAGAGGAGGGAACUCAUCCUUAGUUGUGCCAAAGACAAUGCGUACAAGGUGUUUUUUGUGGAAUCGAUAUGUGACGAUCCGGAUGUGAUUGCUCAGAAUAUUCUGGAUGUAAAGGUGUCCAGUCCAGAUUACCCUGAGAGAAACAAAGAAAGUGCCAUGGACGACUUUUUGAAGAGAAUUGAGUGUUACAAAGUGACCUACCAACCUUUAGAUCCAGAUGAACAUGACAAGAACCUGUCCUUCAUUCAGGUCAUAAAUGUUGGCUGCCGUUUCUUGGUCAACAGAGUGCAGGACUACAUCCAAAGUAAGAUUGUCUACUACCUCAUGAACAUCCACGUACACUCCCACUCCAUCUACCUCUGUCGGCACGGAGAGAGCCAUCACAACCAGGAGGGACUCAUUGGGGGCGACUCUGAACUGUCGGAGAGAGGGAAACAGUUUGCUGCUGCUCUGAAGGAUUUCGUUGAAGAACACCAUCUCUCUGACCUGAAAGUUUGGACCAGCCAGCUGAGACGCACCAUUCAGACAGCAGAGGAACUGGGAGUUCCCUAUGAGCAGUGGAAGAUCCUGAAUGAAAUAGAUGCUGGAGUGUGUGAAGAGAUGACCUAUAAUAUGAUUGAGGAAAAGUUCCCAGAGGAGUUUGCCAUGAGGGAUCGGGACAAGUAUAACUACCGUUACCCUGGAGGAGAGUCCUACCAGGACUUGGUUCAGCGGCUGGAGCCAGUCAUCAUGGAGCUGGAGCGACAGGGCAAUGUUCUGGUCAUCUGCCAUCAGGCUGUUAUGCGCUGCUUGCUGGCAUAUUUCCUGGAUAAGAGCGCAGAGGACCUGCCAUACAUGAAGUGUCCCCUACACACUGUCCUUAAACUCACACCGGUGGCCUAUGGUUGUAAAGUGGAGGUGUUUGACCUGAAGGUGGAGGCUGUCGUUACUCACAGGGACCGGCCAUUAACUAAAUGCAACAGUGAUGCAGUACCACCAGCUUUCCUCAGAAGAAACAGCUUUACUCCGCUGUCCAGUGAAGACCAGAUCAAACGACCUCGUCUUUACAGCAUGGGCAACCCUCCACAUGCACGCCCGUCCUUGCCGCCCACUUUACCCUGCAUGCAGUUCUCUGACGCAUCGGAGGGGUCUGAGUUGCUGCAAAAAGAGGACAUAGUGAACGGUUUCAGCGCAGCAGACGCAGGCGAAUGUUUCCACGGCUAAGCAAGCUGUUCAGAGGUAUUUUUAGACAUUCCCUCUUAUGGUUUAUACUGGACAUCUGGACUCUCCUCUGGAAAUAUCUCACACUUUUUGCCAUUUAUCACAGGCUUUUCUUCACUUGGAUGUAUUACCAUUUUUGAGGACCAGCAGUAAAAAGCACAACCAGCUUUUAUCAUUACUGUACAUACUCGAGCACUGUACUACACUCCAUGCUUAUAUAACCCUAUAUAUGUGUGUCGUCGGUUGAGUUUAGGGAUGCGCCAUUGAGAGACUUUAACCCUUUUCAUGUCCAAAGAAAGCGUUCAUAAGAGCACCCUGAUGGUGUUUCACAUGGGUCAAUACAAGCCCUUAUUACUUACUCACACAUCCGAGCAGUUACACAAAUCCAAUAGAAGCAGCAAACGAUUGAAAGUAGAAAGUAGAGUGACGCAAAUAAUCGCUUUGUGCAAACUUUCUUAAAUGCAAAGCUGAGUUUCUAAAUUUGGCAAAUUGGUUUGUUUACAUUGUCUUCAACCUCAGAAGAAAGAGGGCAGUUCACAUCAUAGGUAGUGAAUAUAUGUCAGAAAGAUUUUGCUGUCAUUUCUUAUGCGGGAUCGUCCACCUCUAGUUCAGUUGUUCUUGUAUAGCAUGUAUACUGUGUGUGUCACCAUGAGAGGGCACAUAAUACACGUGAACUCGCCGCCUUUACACAACUGCCUAAACGACUGGCAUGUGAUCCACCUCCGAUGUAUAAUUUAGAGAGUUGUUUUAGUUCCUGCUGUAGUGUGCUCAUCUUAUACACUGUAUUAUUUGAUGUAGAAAAUGUAGAUUGUAAACUGUGUACCUCAAGAGAGUGCCUCUCUAGAAGGAAAACUUUAUAUCGCCUACAUUUGUCUUCUGAUGCUUUCUUAAAUGACUUAUUUUAACAUUCCCAUGUAAUGUGCAUCCUUCCACUGUUGAUCUGACAAGAUGUAGUUGUGAUUUUUUUUAUUUUUUAGUGUCAUUUUAAAUGUAUUGAAUACUAUAUUUAAAUUUGCAAUGAGUAGACAUAAACAUUAAGGAAACACUUUGGCCAGCAUUAUUAAGAGCAGCAGCAACACAACACUUAUGCCGUUAUUUUCUUAAAUGUCUGUUUUGUUUAUGCAGCCUGAAGAUCUGAAGAAAGAAAUAUACUGUAUGUUUAGACAGUGUCCAUAUGGCAUUAAUCUGGAUUAUUUUAAUAUCAGAUAUCAAAAUCCUCUUCUGAAAAAGUGCCUUUAUCUAAAGGACUGCAAGGCUGUAAGUGUAGAAAUAAAAAGCAUUUUGAAUGCUAUUCACGAUAUAAAAAAUGGUGUGCAUUGGUUACAAAUGUGACUGUAUGCUGUAAUGUACAUGUUUCAAUGUAAUUAACUUAUUUUCUUGAGAGUAUUUUGACUUCUGAAAAUCCUUGGUGUGGUAAUGGUGUACAUGAGAUCCUUGGGAGUUGCCGUCCUGUUUGUUAAUCCUCAGACUCUCAAAGGAUCACAAAAGCUGAGACUGUGACUCAGAAUAAGAAACAUUUACAAUCAAUCCUAUAUCUUAGAAUGUCAGUACAACGCACGUGUGAGUACAUUGUCAGGGAUACAAAUGAUCUGAAGUCAUGACAAAUAAAUGGUACAACUUGCACCA